GGAAAUGUAGUUUUCCUGAGCAACAUUACGGUUUUUCAGGUGCAAACUGACUUGAUGCAGCACAGAUUGUCUUGAAUGGACAUCUUGAUUUUCCAUUGGUUAUCAUAUCAGAACUCUGUAAUCCACUGUUGAUAUGGAUAAAAAUUCUAGAGAUCCUCAGGCUUUGUACUUUCAUUCAGUGCCUAAUCCUUUGGAUGAUCAAGGAGCUGCGUCCAGAAACUGGAACCAGAAUGACUGCAAUAAACAUUAUUCAGAGGAUGAAUCUCAUGAUCGCCUGAAUAUGUGUUGCUCUGGGAAUUCAGAAAGAAAGCUGAACACUAGCAUAGAUGGUCUUUAUCCAAGGGCAUGCCCUGUUACUCACUCGAAGGAGAAGUUUUACACAGUUUGCUCAGACUAUGCUUUGCUGAAUCAAGCCACAUCUUUCUAUAACUUGCCAGCAAUAUCUCAUUCUACUAUACAGCACAGUAGUACUUCAAACUUAGGAGCAGAUCCCUCAGGCUACAUGGAAUUUCAGGGAGAAUCCUCGGAAGUCUCCUUCGAUGCUGACAGUGAAAUGGACUCCUUAUCGGCUAACAACAGCAAGCUUCUGCUGGCAUGGGAAAUUGAUAAAUCUGAUUUCAGUCCCACAUUGCAAAAAACAAGGAGCCGAACAGGAAAUUUGAAGAGAGCUAUUACCAAAGAAUCAAAAAAUCUGGAUAAAAAAGGCAAACACUUCAAAGAGUUUCCCUUUAAUAUGGCUUCAGAAGACAUAAAGCAGAGAAAAGUGAUGGAUCUUAGGAGAUGGUAUUGCAUAAGCCGUCCACAAUACAAGGCUUCAUGUGGAAUUUCUUCGUUAGUGUCCUGCUGGAAUUUCUUAUACAGCACCCUUGGAGCAGGGAGUCUUCCACCAGUUACUCAAGAGGAUGCAUUGCAUAUAUUAGGUUUUCGACCACCAUAUGAAGAAAUAAGGUUUGGGCCAUUCACUGGAAAUGCAACAUUAAUGAGGUGGUUUAGGCAGAUCAACGAUCAUUUCCAUGUCCGAGGUUAUUCUUAUAUUUUAUAUAAACCACAUGGGAAAAACAAGACUGCUGGUGAAAGUGCAUUUGGGGCCCUGACAAAGCUAACUAAAGGAUUAAAAGAUGAUUCCAUGGCUUAUGUAUACCAUUGUCAGAAUCAUUACUUUUGUCCCAUUGGAUAUGAAGCCACUCCGUUAAAGGCAUGUAAAGCUUACAGAGGACAACUCACCAAUCAGGAAGUAGAAUACUGGAUUCUAAUAGGGGAAUCGAGUAGAAAGCAUCCAUCCAUUCACUGCAAAAAAUGGUCAGACAUUGUGACUGAUCUGAAUACUCAGAACCCAGAGUUCCUAGAUAUUCGUCAUACAGAACGGGGGAUUCAGAACAGGAAGACCAAGAAAGUAGGAGGGAAUUUACAUUGCAUCUUGGCUUUCCAAAGACUGAACUGGCAGAAGUUUGAACCUUGGAAUCUGCAGUUUGGAAAUCUUAGGCAAAAUAAACAUUCUGUGACACAGGAACAUAAAUUUCCAAAGUCUGAUAGUGAAGAUGCUGUUUCCAGUAAGCAGCAUGGAUAUAUGGAAAGAUCAUACAAUGCUGGUUUUCAGCUGGACUGUAGUUGGAAAGGGUCAAAUAUCCAGGAGUACAAAGGCACUGGCUCUCUUGCAAGUGAUACUGAUGAUGAUGAUGUAAAUGAGUAGGGCAUGAGGCAGAGUUCUUUGUAUGAGAUUACUGUUGCUGCACUUUUAUAUGGGCCUGCAGCAUAUCACAGUUUUCUAUUUAGAAUUUGGAGUGGAUAAAUACUUAGUAUUACAGGUCAUCCUCGUUUAUGAUGGGUAACUUUGAUUGUUAAAAAAAAAAUUAAUAAAAAAAUAAAAAAAAUAAAAACAAUUCUUCUUUACCUCCAUAUCAAAAAACAGUUUUCUAGCUACAAGCUGAUAGUAGUAGGAAAACCUGGAUUAUUUUUAUAUACCAUGUUUAGUAAUAGAAUAAAUAUGAAAUGAGGGUGAAAAUUCAGAUGCUUUUUGCUGUUAAAAAAUAGACAACACAGUCAGUACAAAUGUGUAUCUAGUCAAAGAAGCACUCAGCGGAAGAGUAUGUAUUGUGUAAAUGUUUGUUUACCUUACAGGUGACAAACCGUGAAUUAACACAUAUGUUUAUUGAAUUUAGCAUCUACAGUCAUAACACUGCAUAGCUUUAUUGACAUUUCCAGAUUGCUUUGUCUGAAAGAAAUAGGAAUAGUUUAUUGGAGAUUUCUUACUGAAGACUCUAGUGAAGUUGAAUGUUCCAGGGCGACUUGGAAACAUAAACAUAUCUGAUGCCUCACCUCACUAAGGCACAUCGCAAGUGCUGCUGCUUCAUAUCUGUCUUGGCACAUCUCAUUGCUGUGAAGCAAAAAUUAAUUAUUUAAAGAUCAACAAUCACACCAGAUUAAUGUUUUGGUUUCUCUCUCUCUUUUUACUAUGAAUGUAUAUUUAUAAAAUGUUAAUUAAAAAGAACUUGGCUAAGAUAUGUAAAUUUUUUAA